AUGCCAUCACAUACCACUAACGAAAAGAAGGGCAACGGUCUAUCGAAAUCUGACGAUGAAAAUUAUACAGACAACGUCCGUACCUACCCGAGGACUCGCUUACAGCCCCUACUAAGUCUCGAAUACUUAGUGUCAACCUUGACUACGUUUGAGGCUACUUUACCCCACGACACCAUCUAUGCACUGCUUGCAAUCGCCAAGGAUACCACGGCACCUGUUAUGAUGACACACGCUCGUUUUGUGUCUGGUACUGUCGGGACGAGUCACGAAGAUAAUGAGACAUACAUGCCGCGCCCGAGCUACAACGUCGACUACAAACUACCAUCCCAACGCGUUGAGGGUCUCAAAUUAAUCAUCCUGAAGAAGAUCAUAGCGGACUUCAAAACAUGGUGUGUCGAAGAACGCAAGAAGGCGUGGCUUAUAACCAAGAAUGGUAUUGAAGCGGAGAUGGGACAGCGUAACGAGAAUCCGAAGACGAGCCCAAGUAGGAUGGGUAAGGAGAUGGACGCGCAUCUAAACAGGCUAGCAGACCAAGCAACAGAGGUGCGCACAUCUCGCAAACGAAAACGAGUACAACUACAGCCAGUCACGCACAUGCCUGGGAUCAGUUUCGACACAUCGGUACCCGAGGGAGGUGUCGACUCGGGCGUGCUCAAAGAAGCGUCAGCGGUACUUAAGAAGAAGUCGUUGUUGGAUUGGUGGGAAAUUGAAUACGCCCUUGUCGCCAGUCGCCAUUGGAAGCAGAAGGUCAGAAAAAGCAAGGAAGCCCGUGAAGAAAAGUGGCGGUUACAGCGGCUUGAAAACUGUCGGGCUCUCAAGAACAAGAACGUGACAAAGGGAAGUGGAAAUGCAGACAGCGUGCCUAUGGCCGAGGAUACUGCUGUAGGGGAAGGAGCUACCCGUAACGAGGAUGGGGUUAGUACGGAGCAUUUGACAGAAGGACCAACGGGACAAGAUGAGACCACGGUGACCGAUGCCGAGAACGACAACGGUGUACGGUCAGGAAAUGAGGAACAUGAUCAGGCGAUGGGUGACGAAAAACCGGACAGCGGUGAUCACGAGACAAGAGACGAUCAUCUCAAGGACUACGACAUACUUCUGGUGGACGCACGCUCUUCAAACUCGGCAAUUCCUGAUGCGCAUGCACCAACAAAAAUCCGGCCAAGCUGGCACCGUAAGAUAGAGAGAACUCGGUUGACGGUAGACGAGGCCGAAGAAUACGAUCAUAAAGUCAAGAAGAACCUGCGCGAAAGGCUAGGCGAGGAAGGCUACUAUUCCUACACACUUCUCGGCGAAUGCUACAUUCACGGGACGAUGGACGGUGAGGCGAUGCGGCACCGGAAUGGGAGUGCUGAAGGGGUACUUCCUUCGAUGGCCGAUUGGAAAGUUCACAAGCUCAUUUGCAAGUCCUUCAGCGAGCACAUGAACAAUCGUCCCAGUCAAAAGCACUACAGCAUCAUUGUCUUCCCGAAAGAUGAAGAAGCUCCUCGCUUCGAGUGGACUCUGUUCGAGCCUGGCACCUACAACGCCAAGAUUCCGUCACCCAAGAAAGCCUACGUGCAAGAGCUGGGCUUCGAGUUUUACGGGGUAAACUGCAACAAUCGCAACAACCCCAUAGGAUACUUCGAGGAAGACAGCACGGAUUACACAACCAAGAGGCACAUCGCUGGAAAGCAUCUCGGGUUGCUCUUUACGAGAAACCUGGGAUCUUUCGAAGAGCCCUUGCCGGAGGAUAUACCAAUCAACAAGAGUUUGAUGGACAUCGAUCCUGAGCUUGCGCGACUCCACGGAAAAGGUCACGUCCUUGCCUGGGGCUGCCAUUGUCCCGAAGACAGACGCAAGACCUCUGAUCUCAACUGCACACCGGCAGACUUCCGCCAUGCCGUCGACGCCCUGAGAAAGAACCACUACAAAGAUAGCCUGCGGGCGAAGGAGGUUAUAUCAAGGAAGACCGGUGGUGUCCUCGCCGUGCGCCUCACCUGCGUGGGCGACAAACUCUUCUUUGGACAUCCAACAUAUGAGAGUCAGAUCGAGCCGCGCUCCAUCCUGAGCAAGGAUUCGCAAGUUCCAUGCCCAGUAGCCGACAAAGUCGGCAUUCCACUGAUCAUCCGGAAGGAGCCUCCCGCGCUCUCUUGGCGCGACCGCGACUUCGAAUCCCGUCGGGAGAACCACAACGCGGCGAUGCUCAACCCGCCUACCCAGAAGACCAAGACCGGUACUUUGAUCAUUGCGCGCAAGGACGGCAAGCCGCUUCUGCCUACGCACCUCUUCUGCCUCAUCAUCUACACUGGCGAAAGGCUCCAAGACCCGCAGUUCGGUGAGGACGGCCCUCGUCUGCCGAGUAUGAUGUUGCAGAGCCGUUUGAACCUGGUGUCUCCGGAGGACUUCGAGGAGUAUUACAACAACGAAUGGCAUCGUUUGAAGCUUAGUGAGAGGUUUGUUCCCUCGCCUUUCCAGAUGUAUGAUGACUAUGAUGGCGAGAUUCAUCCUAUCAAUAUGAGAUAG